CGGUAUAGGGGCUCUCGGAAGGGACGGAUAUCGCUGUAACACUGUCGGGACUCUCUGAAGGGACUGUGUUGGUGUGGCACCAGGGCAUGCUGAGGGAGCUGGCGUAACCAGGUGGCCAUGGGGAUGUGGGCGUCGCUGGACCCGAUGUGGGAGAUGCCAGCCGAGAAGCGUAUUUUCGGUGCCGUGCUGCUGUUCUCGUGGGCAGUGUAUCUCUGGGAGACCUUCCUAGCACAGCGGCAGAGACGGAUAUAUAAAACAACAACUCAUGUACCACUGGAGUUAGGACAGAUUAUGGAUUCAGAAACAUUUGAGAAAUCGCGACUGUAUCAGCUGGAUAAAAGUACCUUCAGCUUUUGGUCAGGACUCUACUCAGAGAUUGAAGGAACUCUUAUUCUUCUCUUUGGAGGAAUCCCUUAUCUCUGGAGACUUUCUGGACGGUUCUGUGGCUCUGCUGGCUUUGGACCAGAAUAUGAGAUCACUCAGUCCUUGGUGUUUCUACUGAUGGCUACACUUUUCAGUGCAUUGACUGGCUUGCCAUGGAGUCUUUAUAAUACUUUUGUGAUAGAAGAAAAACAUGGUUUCAAUCAACAGACUUUGGGAUUCUUCAUGAAAGAUGCAAUCAAAAAAUUUAUUGUGACUCAGUGCAUUUUAUUGCCUGUGUCUUCGCUUCUACUUUACAUUAUUAAAAUAGGGGGUGACUAUUUUUUUAUUUAUGCCUGGCUGUUCACAUUAGUUGUUUCUCUGGUACUUGUCACAAUCUAUGCUGAUUAUAUUGCCCCUUUAUUUGACAAAUUCACACCUCUGCCCGAGGGAAAGCUUAAACAAGAGAUUGAAGUAAUGGCGAAGAGUAUUGACUUUCCUUUGACUAAAGUGUAUGUUGUUGAAGAUGGCUUCUUCAAGAACAAGCGAAUAGUUUUGUUUGACACUCUACUAGAAGAGUAUUCUGUUUUAAACAAAGACAUCCAGGAGGAGUCUGGCAUGGAACCCCGCAAUGAUGGAGAAGGGGACAGUGAAGAAAUAAAAGCUAAAGUUAAAAAUAAGAAACAAGGAUGCAAAAAUGAGGAGGUGCUUGCUGUACUGGGCCAUGAACUGGGACAUUGGAAGUUGGGACACACGGUCAAAAAUAUCAUUAUUAGCCAGAUGAAUUCAUUCCUGUGUUUCUUCCUGUUUGCUGUGUUAAUUGGUCGAAAGGAGCUUUUUGCUGCAUUUGGUUUUUAUGACAGCCAGCCCACUCUAAUUGGACUAUUGAUCAUUUUCCAGUUUAUAUUUUCACCUUACAAUGAGGUUCUUUCUUUUUGCCUAACAGUCCUAAGCCGCAGAUUUGAGUUUCAAGCUGAUGCAUUUGCCAAGAAACUUGGGAAGGCUAAAGACUUAUAUUCCGCUUUAAUCAAACUAAACAAAGAUAACUUGGGAUUCCCUGUUUCUGAUUGGCUAUUUUCAAUGUGGCACUAUUCUCAUCCUCCACUACUAGAGAGACUUCAAGCUUUGAAAAACUCAAAACAAGAUUGAAUUGCACAGGGUCUGCGACUGAAGAUAUUUCUGAUUAUUUCUGUCCUGGCAGCAUGUUCCUGCUCUUGAUGUUUUUAAUUUCUUUUUUAAGAGAAAGUAUUAAGUACAGAAAAGCCCAGAUUUAAAUACAUUUAAUAUCUCAUUUCAAAAAUUAUUUUAAUAAUUUGUUUCUUAAGAAAACACUGGAUAAAAUUUUAAGGGUUAAUGUUUUUAAAGGCAUAGUUUUAUCUUUAAUGUCAAAUUUAUCAUCAGCUUGUAAAAUUGUUUGUGAAAAUAGAGAACUUGUUUUAUUAACACACUUGUAUGAAAUCUGCAUAUAAGGUGUUCGGGGGCAUAUGUUUAAGAGAGGACAUCCAACCUCUGAGUCCUCUAACGCAGAAACAGUGGUUCCGAAUCAUUGUGCUCAUACCUAAGUUGAGACUUGUUUUUACUUUCAUGCUGUUGUGAUUUAACCUGGCCAAUCAGUGUUUUAAAUAAGGAAGAAAGACAAUAAUUGGUAAGGCUGAUGUUAUUUAAACGCGAGUACUUAGAAAUAUGUCCUACGGUUCUGCCAAAUUCUCUGUUCCCUCUCUUGCUACACAUGGAUCAGGAAUUUCCAGUAGUGUUUUGAAAUUAGAAAUUAUGUACAGAAUGUUCCAAAUCAUUGGGUUUUGUUUUUAAGAAAAUCUCAGUCUUUAUCUUGUUUUCCACUUGGUAAUAUGGUCCCAUUAGGGGUAAACUAGUAUUUUUCAAAACAUUCAGCCUUUUCCUCAUGCCCUUUUAUCACAUAUAUAAUACAUCCUUUUACUUACCAGAAAUUGUCAUAUUGAACAGGUUUUGCUAUUUUUACAGUGGUAGAAUGUGGAAAGAAGAAGAAAUGACAUUUUAAGAGACUUAAAGGUGAAAUACUGAUGAUUCUCUUAUGAUAAUAUAGGAAAAAAUAUAUAGUUUUCUAUCUCUUUCAAGGACAGAAGAGUUUUUAGUUUUUAUUUUUGUAAUUUUUAUCAGUAAAUCAUAAGUACUAUUUAAUCAGGCCUGGUUCCAUUUUUGAAAGUUACAGUUCUUGAUAUGCUAAUAAUUUUUCUUCUCAAAACAAAUGUUAUAAAAGCUUUCUUUUCCAGUUUUCAAAGCUGCGUGUUUGACUGCUUCAAAGUGGGAUCAACUGUGCACCCUUGGUACCUGGCCAGAAAGUCUUUUGCUCAGCUCAUAUUUGGGUGAUGACUUCACAUGGAAGUAUAAUAAAAAUAAAGAUCUAGUUUAGUACUGCAUUAUUUAUUUCCUAAGGCUAAAGAGGAGCAGUCUGUGAUUUUAUCCAGCAUCCUUUAUCGUGAAUUCAUGCUGUGAUAACUGCCUUUCCUUCCUUCUGUGCCUUUAAAUACAAAUUUCAGUUCUGCACAAGUGAAACAUUAAAAAUUGCCAAUGCAAAUUAA